AUGAACAAAGAGAUCCCCUUUUCGACAUUCUGCAGCCGCACGAGUACCGAAUCGACACCAGACUACUACUUGAAUGAAUAUUCUGAUUCACCCAGGACGGCUGCGUCUAGCCGUAACGACUGUGAUGAUCAUGUCGGAAAUGUGAGUAGCACCACAUUUGACAACCGGCAGUUGUCCUCGGCUGACUCGUACUGCGCCUCCCGUGACCCUCCCCCAACUGCCACAGCGAGCAGAGCAAAACCACGAGGCAUCACCUUGACCAACUGA